AUCGAUCGACCUUUAACUGAGCUUCAUUUAUUGCAAGAAUUUCAUUGUGAUUGGAAGGUACUCUGCGUAACGUGAACACAUCUCCCACUGACUUUUCCUGCUCAUUUUCUCCCUCUCUUUUCUCAUCUACCAAACUCCCUCUCUCUCUCACUCGAUCUUUCUCUCUCUCUCGUACUCGAUCUCCCCUCUCUCUCUUUCUCUCUCUCUCUCCCUCACCCCCCUUUUGGAGUACAGAUUUUUCGUAAUGUUGAAAGCGGCAGACUGCUUUAGAAAAUGCCAGGUGCCCACUUGAAUUGGAUUAAGGACUACACCUCUCACUGGGAGUCGGAACAGCUGAACCUGCUUUCUGGUUUGGCUGGGAGCGCCGAGCUCAUUUCUGCCAAACGGGGCAAUGGGAUCACACAGAUGUAAGAAGUUCAGUGCGUUCAAAUGCGACUUCUUCUGUUUCUUGCGUACUUCGACCACCAACUAACGGAAAAAUAUUAAUGAUAUCGAGAAAGGCAGUUUGAAUUUUCUAAUCAUAAAAAUGAUCUGCUGAAUCGAAGCGAAGGGAAGGGGAAAAAUGAUAACGGGAAUGAUUCAGGUUUGCACAUGGAUACAGAAACGUGACGCGUGUUGGGAAUACUUGCCACAUUGAGGUUGGACAUUGAAGUACUGCUUCAGUAAACUUUCAUAGACUUCACGGACACUGGAUAUAUGGUUUUAGAGACCCGAGUGUAAAAUGGAACUGAAGCAUUUUUCUGUUCUGCUGAAAGCCUGGUUUUUAAUGAUCCUGACUGAAAAAGCAUUUGCUGUGGCACAGAAGACUCAAGAGCUCCAAAAUGUAGGAGGAAAGGUAAAAGCACCAGCUCAUUGUGGAACCUGGAUUAGAAACCUUAAUGGUGGAUUGUUCACUUCUCCAAACUAUCCUGAUACAUAUCCCCCAAACAAGGAAUGUGUUUACAUUCUGGAAGCUGCACCACGUCAAAGAAUUGAGCUGAACUUUGAUGAACCUUAUUAUAUUGAACCUUCUUUUGAAUGUCGUUUUGACCACCUUGAAGUUCGUGAUGGUCCUUUUGGCUUUUCACCACUCAUUGAUCGCUUCUGUGGACAGAAAAGUCCUGGUUUAGUGAGAUCAACUGGCAGAUUCAUGUGGAUUAAGUUCACAAGUGACGAGGAACUUGAAGGCCUUGGAUUUCGAGUUAAAUAUGUGUUUGUACCAGAUCCAGAUGUAAUUUAUUUGGGUGGAAUUUUAAACCCUAUUCCAGAUUGUCAGUUUGAACUUUCUGGACCUGAUGGAAUCAUUCGCUCAAGUCAAGUGGAGCAUGAUGACAAAGUCAAACCCGGACAAGCUAUUGAUUGUAUUUGGACGGUUCGAGCACCACCUAAAGCCAAAAUUUAUCUGAGGUUUCUUGAUUACCAAAUGGAGCACUCCAAUGAAUGCAAAAAGAAUUUUGUGGCUAUAUAUGAUGGCAGCAGCGCCAUUGAAAAUUUGAAGUCCAAGUUCUGCAGCACAGUGGCGAAUGAUAUGAUGCUGGAAACGGGGACUGGUGUAGUAAGAAUGUGGGCUGAUGAAACCAGCAGGCUCAGCCGUUUCAGAAUGCUCUUCACCUCCUUUGUAGACCCUCCCUGUCCCGGCAACACCUUCUUUUGUCAUAGCAACAUGUGUAUCAAUACAACUCUGGUCUGCAAUGGUAUUCAAAACUGUGUUUAUCCAUGGGAUGAAAACCAGUGUAAAGAAAAAAAGAGCACUGGCCUGUUACAGCAGAUAACGAAAACACAUGGCACUAUUAUUGGUGUGUCUUCAGGUAUAGUACUGGUGCUGCUCAUCAUUUCCAUUUUGGUUCAAGUGAAGCAACCCCGCAAGAAAGUUCUGACUCGGAAACCUGUAUUUAACAAGUCUGGCUUCCAGGAGGUAUUUGAUCCUCCACAUUACGAGCUCUUCUCUCUGAGAGACAAAGAGAUCUCAACAGAUCUGGCUGAUCUCUCAGAAGAACUUGACAACUAUCACAAGAUAAGACGGUCCUCCACAACUUCACGUUGCAUCCAUGACCAUCACUGUGGCUCUCAACCCUCCAGCAUUAAGCAGAGUCGCACAAACCUUAGCUCCAUGGAUCUUCCAUACAGAAAUGACUUUUCUCAACCUCAGCCCAUGAAGACUUUCAAUAGCACCUUCAAAAAAAGUUGCUAUGGUUACAAACAGACACAUGACUGUGCAGAAGAGGUCAUAGAAGACAGAGUGAUGGAGGAGAUCCCGUGUGAAAUAUAUGUGCGAGGAAGCAGAAAUAGUGAUGCAGUGCAGCGUUCAAUGUCAAUUGACUUUUGAAAAACAAGCUACCUGAGAGGACUGAAACACAUGCAUUGUAAUUUUUUAUUUCUGCUCGCUAAAGGAAUUUCCAGUAUGUGCUGUCUGAAUCAAAGAGUACAUUUUUUAUCUGACGAGGAUGGUUCUUAUUUGAAGGACACAUUAUUUUAAUAUUAGACAUAAUGGAAAUUUUCUGAAAGGCUAAAUUCUAUAGGUGUUUAUUUUUAUUUUUGGUCUUUUUUGGAUAUCAUUGCUUGGUUAAAGACUUUUUGCACUGGAUAAAAUGAAAAUAAAAGUACAAUAAUGUAAAUACUAAUGUCUAAAUUAAAACCAGCCCCUGGCUCUGGUGUUCGGAAUGCUCUUGUAGGUAAUUUUUUUUUAAUAUUCAUUGAUGAAUUCCAUGUUUGCAAGUCUUACAAAUGUUAGAAAACUCAGCCAUCUGUAUGUGUAUUUGUCUUUCAUUGUAUCAGUCUUCAUUAUCUUAUUAUGAUUAGAUCCUCUUAUUUUAAAGGAUAACUGCAGUGUUGUGCUCCUUAAAUUAGGCAAAAUAAUUGCCAUUCUUCUUAGCUGAAUAAUACAAGUCCACAAUUUUCUCUCCCACAUAGUGAUGUCCAUGAGAUCAUACCCACUACAGAUGCCUACCAUGUUUAUCAAUAGUUUAUGGUCACACUGACCCACCUCUUUA